GCCAUUUCGGCUCGUUGGAUCCAAAUAAAACAGCAAUAAGAAACAAAAUGGUGCGGUGGUGCGUUUGUCAAAGACAAAUUGGGAGGGGACAUUUAGCUAACAAAGUGCGUGAUAUUUUAAUGAAAUCGGGGGGAGGUGAACAGAAUUGUUGCUCGCAUGAAUAGGAAGUGGAGUUUGGUUCUGUUUAUGGUUUUAUGAGCUACACAAAAAAAUAUUUUCUGUUAGAAACGUGCGAGCUGUCAAUCCUACAACAAAUUGAAUAGCACUUAACCAAGAUUCAGAAACAUUUACUGCGGUACAGGUGAGUGCCAACUGGCUAACUAAAUGUAGCCUUCUUCUGUAUGUGAUCUACACCGCUGAGCUCGCAUUAUUGAUAUAAAUUGAAGAGCAUAAAUCCGUCGGAAUGGUAACUCUUAGCUAGCUAGUUGGGUUACAACGUUUGUCUAUAUAAAUAUAUGUAUAAAACGGCUAGCUGGAGUUCGUCUGAGCGGUUGACUGGAUAUGCCCUCACCCGCUAACGUUAGUAAUUUAGCUAAGCUGAUUAACUAAAACCUGCCCACUGUCAGAACUUGAUAUAUAACGUUAACUAGUGUACUUAAUGCUGAUUGUUUUUGGUUCUGCCCACUAUAGUGCUGUCCGGCUAGAACAUGAUGUUGAGGCCCAUCACUGUAACGUUACUCUUGAUAGUCACCACCACACACGCGGACACAUCUGCUUCCACACAAUGUAACUUUGUGAUGUGUGUGCAACUGUGUGGUGGUGACCAAGAGAUAGUGAAACUAUGGAUAUUAUGGACACAUCUGCCUUGUUCUUGCCUGUAGUAAGUCAGAACCUUAACAAUCAGCAUUAAGUACUACCGGGUGAGAGCAUUCACAGCCGACCACUCUGACGCGCUCCAGCUAGCCGUUUUUACAAUUAUAGUUUUGUUUACAAUUUCCAGAAUGUCAUGUGGGUGGCUUUUUACUUUCUUGACACAGACUUUCCAACCGCAGAAACGGAUUCUUGAGGCAUAGCCUAUACUUGGGGUGUAGGAAAAUAUUAAUUUAAGUAUUGAAAGGGUACUUUCUCUCAGGCCAUUAGUGAGUUUCAGUCAUAUACCUGUUACAUGUAGUCUUGUGGUCAGACCACUGGCAGCAGAGAAGAGAAUGUCCCUACAUGUGCAAGCUUAGGAAACAAACCUCACCUCAUAUUGUGUACUCUGUCUGUAUGGCUGUUAUUACUGAUUAUAUGUAUACCUGUGUGUGUGGUGUUGUCCCCAGCCAAGCAUGGCCCAGUGGGAGAAGCUGAGGCAGCUGGAUUCUGUGUACCUGAAACAGGUGGAUCAGUUAUAUGAUGGGGAUGCCUUCCCCAUGGAUGUACGCCACUACCUGGCACACUGGAUAGAGGGCCAAGACUGGUGAGGCAGCCCACUCAUCCUGCACUAUUUAUUGUUUCAGCCAGUAAAAAACCUGAAAGGGUCUAGGUGACUAUGCACUGAUUCAGGUUUGUCCAGGUAGAACAGAGCCAAAGAAUGUCAGGGAAAAGGGGUAAACGAAGCUCUAUUAUGGAAUUCCUAAGCCAGUUUCCCUGUGUUUCCUCCCUUAGGGAGCGUGCAGCGCGGGACCAUGAUGUUGCCAUGGUGCUGUUCCAGGUGUUAUUGGAGAACCUGGAUAUCCAGCACAGCCGCUUCGUCCAGGGGGGAGAGUCCUUCCUGCAGCAGCAUAACAUACGCCGUUUCAAACACAGCUUCCAGGUGUGGCCCUCUAUGGGGUGACUCUGAUAAAUAUACUGAACAUAAAUAUAAACGCAACAAUUUAAAAGAUUUUAGUGAGUUAGUUCAUAUAAGGAAAUCAGACAAUUGAAAAAUUCAUUAGGCCGUAAUCUAUGGAUUUAACAUGACUGGGAAUACAGAUAUGCAUCUGUUGGUCACAGAUACCUUAAUAAAAAAAAAAGGUAGGGGCGUGGAUCACAACCAGUCAGUGUUACACAUCUCCUUUGCAUAGAGUUGAUCAGGCUGUUGAUUGUGGAAUGUUGGCCCACUCCUCUUCAAUGGCUGUGAGAAGUUGCUGGAUAUUGGCGGGAACUGGAACAUGCUGUCGAUCCAGAGCAUCCCAAACAUGCUCAAUGGGUGACAUGUCCGGUGAGUAUGCAGACCAUGGACGAACUGGGACAUUUUCAGCUUCCAGGAAUUGUGUACAGAUCCUUGCGACAUGGGGCUGUGCAUUAUCAUGCUGAAACAUGAGGUGAUGGCAGCGGAUGAAUGGCAUGACAAUGGGCCUCAGGUUCUCGUCACGGUAUCUCUGUGCAUUCAAAUUGCCAUCGAUAAAAUGUAAUUGUGUUCGUUGUCCGUAGCUUAUGCCUGCCCAUACCAUUUAUUGUCCCCAGCACAAGGUGCGCCUGUGUAAAGAUCAUGCUGUUUUAUCAGCUUCUUGAUAUGCCACACCUGUCAGGUGGAUGGAUUAUCUUGGCAAAGGAGAAUACUCAUUAACAGGGAUGAAAACUAAUUUGUGUACAACAUUUGCGAGAAAUACGAUUUUUGUGCGUAUGGAACAUUUCUAGGAUAUUUGAUUUCAGCUCAUAAAACAUGGGACCAGCACUUUACAUGUUGCGUUUAUAUUUUUGUUCAGUGUAGAAAGGACCUUCUGGAACAGUGGUCAACUGGAUCUUAGAGCUACGGAGUUUGCAGCCCUUCAAGAUCUUGAUGAAGUACUACUACUCUAGUAAAACUACUCUUUAACGCCCUCUUCACACCCUCUAUUCCUCCAGAGGUACCAAGAGGAGCCUUACACUCUGGCCAGUAUCAUCCAGUGGUUCCUUGGGAAAGAGAAGGAGAUCCUGCAGAACGCUGAGCUGGCUGAGCAGGUUAGACAAACACAGUCCCUUUUUAAGAACCUAUACAGUAGGUAUAUUAUAAAACAGGUCAUUUAGGCAUAGGGUGAGGGAUUGGGUUAUCCUGUAUACCUACUCUCUGUCUGUUACGAACCCUGUGGCUUUAAAAGUCUAGGGUGGAUGGAAAUGAGACCCGUAACAUAAUUCAUGGAAAUUAGAAUCGUGACACGGAAACAGUGAGAACAAAAAAUACACUGACCACCAAGCUACUGUCAAACACAAAAUGUUUAUUGUGAACACACGGUAAAGGUUUGGGAAAAAGGGCUGAGCAGGACCCAAGGAAUGAAACAAUAAUGUAAAAAAAACCUAAACUGAUCUUGCCUGCCUCUAGAACCACUAAGCUACUGCUAACCAUACAAAAAUUACAGUGGGUGGUCCGCUCAGGUCUAACUAAUGUUUUUAGACAAUGUUCUUUCUACGGGUAAUGUAUGCCCAAGGGCAACUUGCUAAAUCCCCCUUUCCCAGAAACACACAACAUAGUUACCAUACAGAGUAACCAGCAAAUGAGUGAGUACACAAAAAACAGGACACCACAGUAUCCAUACUCGCAUACGAAAAUAGUCUUCUCUCAACAAACACAACUGACUGCCUUUUAAAACAAUGGGAGGUGUGAGUGAAAAACCAGAAAAACAGGUGGUGCAAUGCAGAGGAAUGUCCACUGAUUGGUCCACCUCAGCAGACAAAUGGAUGUCGGACAGGUGGGACACCCCAACGACCACCAAUCAGGAACACAAAGGACACCUGUGAUUAGGGCAGAAGGAGAGGAAAAACACAAACACAUACAGGAUACCUCUAUCUGUAACACUGUCCUUUAGGAGGAGGUACAACAUCUCAUUUGAAAGACUUUAGAGUCAUCAUUAUCAUUACUGUGUUUCUUCAUCCUCUUCCUCAGGUCCAGCUGCUGCAGGUCCAGCAGAACCCCAUGGAGACAGACAGCCAGCAGAACAUUGAGCGCAAGAUGGCAGACCUUAAGAAUAAAGUUCAGGUGAGCUUCUCCGUGAAAGUCUGUAAAGGUUGCAAUGCCUGCCAUGAUAUGAGCAUCCUAUGGGGGGGUCUCCUCUAAUGUUGCUGCUAAACUUUUCAUUAUGAUAACAUACAGACCGCCUUUGACAGUUUGUCAUUUUUCUUUUUUUAAUGCAGUGCAUGGAACACACUGUGAAAUGUUUGGAGGAACAACAAGAUGAGUUUGAUUUUAAAUACCAGACUCAUAACAUGGAAGGUGAGCUCAUUUGAGGUCUAUCCUUUGUAUUUGUGAUAAUCGAUUCAGCAGAGGAUAGAGACUGUGAGGGAUAUGAUACUGUACAUAUUUCCCUAAAGCCCACACUGCUAUGAACAGUCAAUUUCCUUCUGUCAUGGAUACAAGUCAUGAAGUGACUCAUUCUAUCAGGUGACACCUGUAACCUCAUUCUAUUGUAGUUGAUGUGUUCACUUGAAGAUGACUCAGGUUCUUGUGCGUAGGCAUCACCAACGAGGCGGCGAAGAUGGAACAGAUGAAGGUGCUGCAGGCUCUACUGAACAGACUGGACGCCUCCAGGAAGGUACCACCCACAACCCUCUAGUUUACAUCACCUUAAUACAUUUGGUUCAUUAUGUACUGUAUUAUUCAUAUAACAUCUAUUUCCCCUGGCUCUCCCCCCUCUCUCUUCUCUCCCUCCCUCCCUUCGUCCUCCCCCUCUCCCCUGUAGAGCAUGUUGUCCGGUAUGGGUGUGCUACUGGACAGUGCGGAGGAGCUGCUGUGUGUGCUUGUGAGGGAAGAGCUAGUGCAGUGGCAAAGGAGGCAGCAGAAGGCCUGCAUCGGAGCCCCAGACAACACCUGCCUGGACCAGCUGGAGAAGUGGUACAGUACAGCCAACCUAGCUAUUCACCUCCGUAGAUCUACCUGACCUAAACAAUCUCUAACUACUGUCUGCUGUAACUCUGAGCGUUCAGUACAUCUGCCCUGGCUUACUUAAGGAGGGACUACGAAUACUCCCUCAAGUAAAAUAAGCUUUUCUUAGAAAGAGCCUGCGGUGGUAGACCAUGUUCAUUCUGGUGUGUUUGACCUCUGACCCCUCUGUGUGACCUCCUGUAUGACCUCUAUUUGCCCCCUGUCUGACCUCUCUAGGUUUACAACGGAGGCGGAGUGUCUGUUCCAGGUGCGUAAGUUCCUUAAGAAGCUGGAGGAGCUGAUGGGGAAGGUGACCUACGAGCACGACCCUGUGAAGAAGCAGAAACCAGCACUGCAGAAGAGGGUGGACAGCCUCCUCACCAGCCUGCUCAAAAGGUCUUAAAUCAUUUAGAAUACACAAUCACACUGGCUCAUAAACAAUUCUGAUAAACUCGCUCAUAGUUUACACACUAACAUAGUAAAUCCUCAAACAGUACACAUAAUAAUACACAAGCACACAAAGGAUUGUUCAGCUCCCUUUUUCUUACUGUUAUUCAAGAAGGUAUUUUGUGUUUUCAGUGCCUUUGUGGUGGAGACUCAGCCCUCUAUGCCCCAAGGGAAAGGGCCCUUGGUUCUGCGUACCAAUGUCCAGUUCUCAGUCAAGACCAGGUGAGUACUUCAGACCCUGUCCUACUUAUGACAGCUGUUAAAUAACCAGCCCACCACUGAAUUGAAUGUGAUAUCCAUUUAUACAAUUCCAUGUGUGUUUCUUCUAGAUUCCUCGUCAAAUUUCCUGAGCUGAACCAUGCCAUGAAAGUGAACGUGUCCAUGGACAGGUGAGAUGGAACCUUUGGAAAAUCAAAUCGGCUGUUCUUUACAUAUUAGAUGCAUGUCUUAUGUAGUGCUCUCAUUGCUUUAGUCCAGACAGAUAGAUAAUCACUAGAUUUAUUGAUCAUUGCUUUGCUUAUGAGCUAGAUGACUUUAGAACAUUUGCAGAAAAUGAUAUGAGUGAAUUAAGUGACCCCUAUUGGCCAUUAUACUGACGUGCAUGUUCCUCUCCUUCUCCCUUUCUCUCUGCUCUAGGGAGGCUCCUCAGGUCAAAUGGUAAGAUGUGACAUUCGGGACUAGAUUUGUGCCAAAUUUCAAAUAUAAAACCAUAACAACGAAUGUAGAAAAUCAAAUGUGUCUCAAAAAUUCAUGUAAACCACUUUUAUACCUUCACUCGGUCACUUCAUGUUCUCUUGGCCUGUAGGUACCGGCGGUUCAAUGUCCUGGGGACCAACAGUAAGGCCCUGAACAUGGCUGAGAGUAUGAGUGGAGGCAUGGUGGCAGACUUCAGACAUCUGGUGAGUCAAUAGGACAGACAGGCUUUUGGUGGAGGAGAGAUAUGGAUUGGUAGUCAGUUACACAGCGCUAUGUGGAAGUUAACCAUUAAAAUGUAUGCAGUUGACUUGCUUAAAGGUAGAGUCAGCUAUGCACAAGGUAAACAUCAAUAUUGGGGCAAUUUCCGCAACAACUAAGCGCAUUGAAGCGCGAGGCUAUACUUCUCCAGUGUUUCCGGUCCUGCAGCUAUCACUUUGUAGCUAUUGAAGUUCACAUGCGCAGAUACUCUGUCAGUGCAUCACUUUCAUCUGUAACAUCUGCGCUGUUGCUCGUGGCAACAUCAUAUAGCGGAGUCUCAGUUGAAAAUGUUUUGAUGGACCAAUUAUGAUAUCAAUUAGCUGAUGUAUUAUGCAAUUUUGUCAUCACAAUUGCUUAUAGCAGAGAUGGACUAACCAAAACUGAUUUUUUAUUGUUAUUUGCAGAUACUGAAGGAGCAGAAAUCUGGAGGAGGGGGCAAGGGGAUCCAUGAAGUGAGUUUACAUCAUGCUUCAACAUAUCCACUUUGAAUACUCAAAACAUUAGGAACAACUCUACUUCAGCCAUACUGUAGAAUAAGAGCAGCAGGUGUGUUUGAUCCUGGAUGUGUGGUGGUGAACCUCUGUGCCCACAGCUCUCUCUCAGCGUCACAGAGGAGCUGCACAUCAUCAACUUUAACACAGAGUUUCUUCUGCACGACAUGUCAGUCUCCUUAGAGGUGGGUCUUCCUGUCAUUCCCUGCUCCCUCAUUGGCUAUCAGCCAAACAUGUUGUGACAUAGUAAGGGCAGUCUGGUCUAACUUGUAUUGGUUUCCCUGGAUGAAUGUCUGCUAAAAUACAGAAUAAAUGUAAUAAGGUCCAUGCUACAGUAGUCUGUCUUACUAAUGCAUGUUCCUUUGUCCACUUCACCCCACCCCAGACGUCCUCUCUCCCUGUGGUCAUCAUCUCCAACUCCAGCCAGCAGCAGAGUGCCUGGGCAUCCGUCCUCUGGUUCAACAUGCUUUGCCUCGAGCCAAAGGUGAGAGGUCAUCAACACAGGCCCCCCAGCUUUUUAUUAGAUGUCUUAUAAUAACAACUACUUAGCCAACAAAAAAACAAAAAAGUAUAAUAAUUGAUAUUUGUGUGUUAAUAAGGGUGUGUUUCUGCAGAACUUUCUUUUCUUUGCCAACUGUCCCGUGGCUACGUGGCCCCAACUAGGGGAGAUGUUGAGCUGGCAGUUCCUCUCCUCCACCACGCGGGGUCUGGACUCUAACCAGCUGGACAUGAUCGCACACAAACUCUUUGGUAUGUCUACUACCCAUCUCAAUCCUAGGUAUAGUGCUCAUUGUCUGGUAUGUUUCCAGUGCUACAUGACUUUCAGGUCUAGAGAUGUCAGUGAAGUAGGUUUGACAAAUGAUUGUUUUCUGUCCCAUCAGGAAAGCAGCAAAGUUACGACGCCUACAAAAUCUCGUGGACUAAGUUCAGCAAGGUGAUAAUCUUGUCACUUGUUAGCUCUCUGCAUGAUGCUGACAAUGGAAAUGCUAAUGUCAGUCUAAGCCGUGCCAACCUCCAUCACCCCUGUGUUGCAGGAAAAUGUUCCUAACACCAACUUCACUUUAUGGGUGUGGUUCGAUGGUAUCCUUGUAAUGGUGAAGACUCACUUAGAGAACCUGUGGAAAGAUGGGUAUGUCUGAGGAGAAAAAAGCACAAUAUAGUUUGAGGCUCUGAGAUAGGCUGGCCUGUUAUUUCACAAAAUCAUUAUUUGAGAAAUUGUUUAUGGAUGUCCUUUGAUGAAUAACGACUUAUUAAAGGUCUGGUUUGUUUUCUCUGUAUGCUUUUCUACUCUGCAGUUCUAUCAUGGGUUUUGUGAGUAAAGGCAAAGAGAAAACCCUCCUGAAGAAGAAACAGAGGGGUACUUUCCUCCUGCGCUUCAGUGAGAGCAUCAGAGAUGGAGGCAUCACCUUCUCCUGGGUGGACUACUCCCUGACCGGUGAGAUGACAGGAUCAUAUGGAAUGGGACAGAGACCUAACAACAAGCUGGGAAAUGAUUUUUGCAAGAUUUAUACGUCACUUUUAGGUUGUCUUGUACUACACACAGGGACGCCUUUUAUAUUUUAGCAUCCAAUUUAAUUGAUUGAUGUUAACCUCUUAAGGAUCGGACCCUUUUUUUCAAUUUUCACCUAAAAUGACAUACCCAAAUCUAACUGCCUGUAGCUCAGGACCUGAAGCAAGGAUAUGCAUAUUCUUGAUACCAUUUGAGAAGAAACACUUUGAAGUUUGUGGCCAUGUGAAAUGAAUGUAGGAGAAUAUAACACAUUAGAUCUGGUGAAAGAUAAUACAAACAAAAAAAACAUGUUGUUUUGUUUUUUCAUGAUCUUUGAAAUGCAAGAGAAAGGCCACAAUAUAAUAUAGCAGUUUAGGCAGAAUUGAGAUUUUGACCACUAGAUGGCAGCAGUGUGUGCAAAGUUUCAGAUUGAUCCAGUGAAGCGUUGCAAUACUGGACUAUUUUGUAUCAAGUCUGCCUAAAUGUGCCGAAUUGGUCAAUUGAAACAUUUUCAUUACAUUUACGUCAUUUAGCAGACGCUCUCAUCAAGAGUGACUUAUAAAUUGGUGCAUUCAACUUAUGAUAGCUAGUGGGACAACCACUUUUCUUUUUUUUGUUAAUGGGGGGGGGGGGGAGGGUAGAAGGAUUACUUUUAUACUAUUCCAGGUAUUCCUUAAAGAGGUAGGGUUUCAAGUGUCUCCGGAAGGUGGUCAGUUACUCUGCUGUCGUGGAGGAGCUUGUUCCACCAUUUGGGGUGCCAGAGCAGCAAAUAGUUUUGACUGGGCUGAGCGGGAACUGUGCUUCCAUAGAGGUAGGGGGGCUAAUAGGCCAGAGGUGGAUGAACGUAGUGCCCUCGUUUGGGUGUAGGGUCUGAUCAGAGCCUGAAGGUAAGGAGGUGCCAUUCCCCUCACAGCUCCGUAGGCAAGCACCAUGGUUUUGUAACAGAUGCGAGCUUCAACUGGAAGCCAGUGGAGUGUGCGGAGGAGCGGGGUGACAUGAGAGAACUUGGGAAGGUUGAACACCAGACGGGCUGCAGCGUUCUGGAUAAGUUGUUUAAUGGCACUGGCAGGGAGCCCAGCCAACAGCUAGUUGCAGUAAUCCAGACGGGAGAUGACAAGUGCCUGGAUUAGGACCUGUGCCGCUUUCUGUGUAAGGUAGGGUCGUACUCUGUGAAUGUUGUAGAGCAUGAACCUGCAGGAUCUAUAGAGAACAUACAUUUUGUAUUACCAUAUCAUUUUUGUAAGUUUACACACUCCCAGGAAUGUCAUACAUGAUGGAUCAUUAGCUUAUACACUAACUUUCACACAUCUAGAUGGCCGGGUGGGGUGGGUGUGGAGCCAGAGACGGCAGGGGUUGAAACUGUAGAACCCAGUUCCUACAUUUGAAUAUAAAAAUUGAUUUUAUCAAACAAAACUAUGCUACAUUUUAUCUCUGGGACCCUUAGGAUGACAAAUCCGAGCAAGAUUACUGAAUGUAAGUGCAUUAUUUACCUUCAGAGGUGAAUGUAUCAAACCAGUUGCCGUGAUACGUUUUUGUUGUUGUUGUGCACUCUCCUCAAGCAAUGGCAUGGUAUUUUUUCACUGUAAUAGCUACUGUAAAUUGGAAAGUGCAGUUAGAUUAACAAGAAUUUAAGCUUUCUGCCCAUAUAAGACAUCUUGGAAAGUUUGCUGUUCCUUACAACAGUCAUGCUAAUCACAUUAGCGCACGUUAGCUCAACCAUCCUGUAUACGGGACACCGAUCCCGUAGAGGUUAAUGCUUCCAAUGAUGGAGAAUUUCUCCUCCUCCUCCCUGUCCCCCUAUAUUGCCCUCCCUGCCCCUUUUCCACACACAAUUUCUACUACCUCAUUUAAUCUAUUCUCCUUCUCAUCCUCCACUGCCCUCUCCAGGUGAGCCUGACGUGCGCUCGGUGCAGCCCUUCACCAAAGUGGACCUUUCCCAGAUCCCCUUCCAUGAGAUCAUCAGAAACUUCCAGAUCCUGGAGGCGGAGAAUGUCCCGGAAAACCCCCUCCUCUUCCUCUACCCUGACACGCCCAAAGUGGAGGCCUUCGGGAAGUACUACACAGAGAAGAGUGGAGGUGAAGAUACCAGAGGGAUCUUGUACUUGUGCAAUGAAAGUUUGGAUUCUUGAUGCAUUUUAUAGUUUGUUUACAAAGAAUUUGACAUCCUUUUUGCAAAUUGAGAGGUGAUUGCUAUUAAUCUAAAGAAUUUACCUUUUGUCUUUUCAGCGGAUAAUCCAUACAUUAAGUACAUCAAAACUAAGUUGGUUUUUGUAUCUAAAGAGUGAGUAUUUUUGAAUUUGUCUUUUUAACAUUUCAUUUAUCCAGCCCGAGCAUGUGGAAUGUAAGUCACCUGAAAAUCCAUACAUGAGCCUCCCUUACCCCCCGCUCUCUGUGCUUUCUGAACAGAGGCCAUUUUGUAAAUGAAAGCUCUUAAAAUGAAAAUACUCUGGCUCCAUCAAAAUGGUAGUGUAAUCCCAGUCUCUCAUUGGUUACCUCAGGAACUGGUUGUGUAAUGGCUAUUUAUCAUUGGUUACCGUAGGAACACACUGGAGGCUAAGUCGCCUGUGUAUUCUGACAUUGUGGAAGGCGAAGGCUCAGGGCCAAUGAACCCAAGAUAUGGUCUGUGUGGAGAGGCCUUCGGUGAGUCGCCACGCCUCCCAGUCAAACCACCAAUCAACCAAAUCCCUUUAAGUGCCGUCUGACCCUUUUCUCAUCAGAAGUCAGCAAUGUGCUCCUAAGCACAAUCGCAUGCUUGUGAGCUUUGAUUAUCUGCCCUCCUUAAGUUUCUGUCUUUAGCUGAUCAUUUCAAAGUAGGGGUCCUUAAGUCUCCCUACUGACAGCUAAACCAUGGAAGGGAGGGCCCCUCAAUCAGCUGGGUAUCUUUUGAUUUUGGUUGACUGUUUUCCUUUACCCCCCUCUUAGUCUCAUUGUUCUGCAUCUGCCUGCAUGUGUCAUUCGCUGUAGAGAAUGUUAGCUAGUAAGCGGGGUAGGUGAUUUACACAGACUCCCAUUUACAUCCCUUCUCUUCCUCUGUUUGCCAUACCAGUCCCUCCAGCAUUCUGUGAUUCUGCAAUCACAAUUUCUUUAGCAAAAUCAACAAUUCCCUGCAUAUUAUGCGAGGGCUUGCAAAUUUGACCAAUCACUGCACUAUUUCAGAAUAAACAGUCAAAUCAUCAUUGCAUAAAACUUACCAUCACCGCAGCACAAAGAGGGCUUGCAAUUAGAACCAAUCAGCGCACAUUUACCUCAUAUGUUUCAAUCAAGCCACGUCUUUAUUUUAUGUAUUUUCAAGAAAGAAGGACAAUUAUUGCCAUGCAAAAUGUCAGAAUUGGCACAGCAAAAUCAAGCAUUUCUUCUCGCAAAUACCACAAAAAACCUGUGAAAUCCUGGAGGGACUGCCAUACUGCACCAUAUGCUCCAAAGAUGCAUCUUCAUGUCCGUGGACUGUAUGCUUUGACUAACCACAACUGGCUGUUUUUUAUCACUAAUAAUGGGAUCCCAUUCUGUGUUUUUAACCUAAUGCAUGUCUGCUUCCUCAGUGAGUUGCAGAAUGCUGUUUUCCAAAUGAAACCUUUAGUUUGUAACUAGAAUAAAUAACUGAUUGUAAAUUACUUCUUACAACAGAACCCUCCUCCUUCCCUCCCUCAGGCCUAAGUGGGGACCCUCUUCCCCCAGAGCUGCUCCUGAGUCCUGACCCUGACCCAAUGCUCUCUGGUGCCAUGGUAAUGUCAGAGGAGGACCUGAUUCCGACCUUCCAGGAGUUCCUCAAUGACCCCAACGUGUAUGAGAAUAGUUUUGACUGGGAUAAUGACGACACAGAUCCCGAGGUGGCUCUACCCGGACACCCCUUCACCGCCCCUCUGCAGCCAUGUGAAUGACCACUCUCGCAGCAUUCACCACAAUACACGACAUCUAACCAAACCAGAUUAGUUACUACUGUGGAAGCACUUACCCAUAACAACUCAAAGACAACCUCCAUCCAUAUUUAACCAAACUCUGUUACCCAUACACUACUUUAGUAGUACGACCUUCAUCAGCUCUGAGCAUGCUCAUUAGACAUAACCUAGUUACAUAGUGCUUUCUAUAGUCUACACAUCUAGGCUACUACUCUUACCCUGCAUCUGUAACAAUAGAAAUGCUACGUGGUCCAUAUGUUGUGCCCAUCAGGUACAGCAUAAUAACAGCUUUCUGUGGGAAAAAAUAAA